UGGAGCCUGCGCGAUUCGGCGGCUUCGCAGUUAGCUAGCUAGCUACGUUCAAUAAUGACAAUAUUUAAUGAAAUAUGAGGGACUUCGAGACAUUUUGAUGCGUACAGUGGGAUUGUUUGCCUAGGUCGGGAUGUCCAUUUACAGCUUUUGGUCACUAUGAAGCUAUAGUGUUUGCAAACAGAUACCACCUGAAGAAUAUUCAGAUAAGAGAGAAGAGGAGAAAAUUGUACAUAAUCGCAAUCUAAUCUCGCUUUAAGAUACAACGACAUGGCACUGAGAGAGCUGAAAGUUUGUCUCCUUGGGGAUACUGGAGUUGGAAAAUCAAGUAUUGUUUGUAGAUUUGUGGAGGACAGUUUUGACCCAAAUAUCAACCCAACUAUUGGUGCGUCAUUCAUGACCAAGACUGUGCAAUACCAAAAUGAGAUGCAUAAAUUCCUAAUCUGGGACACGGCAGGACAGGAGAGGUUUCGUGCUCUGGCGCCGAUGUACUACAGAGGUUCAGCGGCGGCCAUUAUUGUCUAUGACAUCACAAAAGAGGAUUCCUUCCAAACUCUGAAGAACUGGGUGAAAGAGCUUCGCCAGCAUGGACCUCCUAAUAUAGUGGUCGCCAUUGCUGGCAACAAAUGUGACCUGUUAGACUCCAGAGAAGUGCCAGAAAAAGAUGCCAAGGACUAUGCUGAUUCCAUCCAUGCAAUCUUUGUGGAAACCAGCGCCAAGAACGCCAUAAACAUCAACGAGGUGUUUGUAGAGAUAAGUAAGAGGAUCCCUGUUGCUGACAGUGCAGCAGCAACAUCAGGCAAAAGUUUCAAAUUGGGACGGCAGGUCUCAGAGUCUCGAAGGACAUGCUGCUGAUAAUUUUGGUGGCUGAACUCAACGUGACCUAAGAACUAAACGUUACCCACCCCACUAUUCUCCUGGUGUGCUUCAGCUUAAAGACACAACACAUUACAAAAUGUUUUUUCAAAAACCCCAACAAACACUCAUAUCUGGUCACUGCAGCAUGACUCGGACAGCAGCAGCCAAGACCUUUUUUUUUUUUCCAAACAUCAUGAUUCAUAUUAAAACUGACUGAGAAAGAACUUUUCAGGUUUUAAACCAAACAUUAAUACCUUAAAGGUGAUAUGUGAAGCUUUCCAGUGUUCUUCAUGGAAGUCAUUUAUACUUGUACACUUGUACAUUUGU